GUAUCGGGAAUGGAUGAUAAUAUUUAGAACACUUACUGAACAUUUGAAAAUCAGACCACAAUUCUCUCUAUGUGAGACGAGUGCUCCGACGAAAAGAUUGCCAGUGAUCUGCGUAAAUGAGUCUACAAUUGCUAAUCAUCGUUUGCGCAUGCUUAGUACAGCAAAUCAACGGAUGGCAAAAUAAUCUGGACGGAUUGCUAGAUUACCAAUGUCCAAACAAAAACCAGUUCAUCAAUCACGUGAUAAGCCAGCAUCACAAUCACGAGGAAGAUCGACAAUUCGACUUCACGUGCAGUGACGUCGUUUCUGGCUAUGAUGAUUUGACAACAACGUGCACGUAUUCAGGGUGGGUUAAUAGUUUUGAUCAGCCGGUCAACUUUCGGUGUCCGGACGACGGCUUCAUACAUGGCAUGAGGAGCGAGCACAACAACCACAACGAAGACCGGAUAUGGGGCUUCUUUUGCUGCAAGAUUCCAGAAAUCCACAUGAUCAGUUGUGAACACACCGGCUGGACAAAUGAUUGGGAUGGCGACCAGAGUUUCUAUGUGCCCCCUGAACACGUGAUGGUGGGCGUUACGUCAGAGCAUGACAACCACCACGAAGAUCGACGCUUCGCCUACGAAGUAUGCCGAAUUCUUCAAGGAGGCGAAAUAAUUGCUGGUUAAAGAUCUUGCAAAGCCAUCAUUCUGAAUACAAAGUUAAUAAAUGAACGCAACUAAUUCAUAGCGAAUCAA